AUGUCCACACUACAGGCAAUUAUUCGUUAUGAACCAGCUGUGUAUGCAGACGCAGUCCAAUAUCUCAUCGUAGAUCGCCCCUUUGGGUCACGUAUAUACAGAGCUGUGUACACUAAUGACCCCGGGGAAGUACUUGCCGUCAAGGUCGUCCCGGCACAUGUCAUAUCGUACAGAAAGCCUCACAACAUCCGAAACGAAGCUGCGAUCCUGUCGAAACUAUCUCAUCCGAACAUUGUCUAUCUUCGCUCGGCCUUUUAUGACAGCGAAAAGGAGCUCUAUGAGCUUCACCUGGCGAUGAUCGAGCUCCCUCUCGAUACUCUCUUGGAUCACCCGUACUUCUCAUCUCACAGUCUCCCUGACGGAUUGCACAUAUCGACGCCUAACCCAUUCCCAGCGAUACUUCCGGAGCUGCUGCACAGCAGUGUCGUGCGCUCGCUAGCAUAUCAGCUUAUUUCUGGUACAGAAUAUAUACAUAGCCUCCAAGUGGCACAUCGGGACAUCAACCCUGGAAACAUUCUCCUCACAACCACUGGAAUUCUGAAAUUGGUCGACUUUGGUGUUGCAUGGGAUCCAUCUAUCAGCCCUUUCUCCAUCGUUGGCGAGGAAAGCGUUGAAGUGGAGCAGUCGAAAGAGAGCCUUGAUGAUAUGUGCGCUCAGAUUGCCACUGGGCACUAUCGAGCACCAGAGCUGAUGUACACACCCAAGCAUUAUAAUGCAUGUGCCACCGACUUGUGGAGUCUUGGGAUCACUCUUUCGACUCUGUUCACCCCAUUAAGGCUUCAGACGGACGAGCAAGAGGAAGAAGAAGACAAUGCCACAAGUUCUAGUGAGACCUCAGAAGACAUCCCAAUCCUCAAGGUUGAGCCGUAUAUCUUUCCUCGCAAGCCAGAUGGCGUGCCUCCUCAUGCAACAUGGAGAAGAGACCCUAUAUUUGACGCGAGCAGAGGUGAAAUUGCUUUAUUAUGGAGCAUCUUCAAAGUCCUUGGCACGCCAACAAAGGAGACCUGGCCGGACUUCCCUGGACAUCAAGAGGGCGCUGGAAUUCAGUUUAUUCAAGCCCCCCGACAAGACAUUGCCAAAUUGAUGCCACACCUCCCACCAGCCGACCCGAAUCCCUUGAAUCUCAUCGAGGCCCUCUUAGCCUACCCUCCUUCCAAACGACUAUCCGCUUCGAAAGCGAGGGUACAUUCGUGGUUCAUGGCUGGAGAACCGCUCCUAUUUCCAACUGACUACUCAUUGGAACCUGCUGAGGGAACUCAAACGACGAAUAAACUUCAAGGAUUUACACUGACUCAGAUUCUGCAUUACUUGGUCGACGUAGAGCAUUCUCGUUUUCUCGACACAACGCACCCCCGUAGCGAGUGGGAUUGA